AUGGCCGGAACACUAGUUCCUCCGUGGUAUGAGGAGCAUCCUCCUUCUGUCAACGACAUGAACAUCGCGAGUAUGUUUUGGGGUUUCACCCUCGGAGUCGGACUUUGGAGCGGAGUGAAGGGAUAUCGACAGACUAUGGCAAGCUGGAGGAGGAUACAUCGAAUCAAUGCCUAUGUGUGGUUCAUAUGGGCGGAAUGGCUUGCCAGCAUGGUUAUCGGCAUAGUUUCCUGGUGCUAUUUGACGGGAAAGCUUGAGACAAGCUUCGAAUACUUCUUUUUCCUUCUCGUUCUUUGGACAAUCCAGGUUCAAUGUCUAAUGCAAAUCAUCAUCAACCGAAUCGCAAUUUUGAUGCCGAUCCCGUCUCACGCCACCCGACUCAAAUGGGGGGUUUUCAUCAUCCUCCUCGCCGUCAACAUCAGUGUUUUUUGUAUAUGGAUUCCUGCUCGGCUGCAGAUUAGCCACACCUACGUUCACAUUAAUGAGAUAUGGGAUCGAAUUGAGAAGGGUAUUUUCUUGAUCGUUGACGCAAGCCUCAACCUAACCUUCAUCUACCUCGUCAAGUCACGGUUGAUAGCCAGCGGCUUGACCAAGUACACGAGACUUUUCAGAUUCAAUCUGUGUAUGAUUGCUGUGUCCAUGUCACUUGAUGUCAUACUCAUUGCACUCAUGUCACUACCAAACACCCUAAUUUACGCUCAAUUCCAUCCGCUCGCAUACCUCCUAAAACUACAUAUCGAAAUGGGCAUGGCAGACCUAAUUGCCAAAGUCGUGCGGGAGUCCCAUUCAAUGAACGCGCAUUUGGAAUCACGAAGGAAUAGCAACGAUGUCGCGCCCAACUCGAACCAAAACAAAUCGUUAUCCAGGUCAACAGGGUCGAAAUCACGGAGAUUCUCACUGCCGUACCUAGGUGGUCGAUUGGCAUCAUCACCUCUCGACUCGCCUUCAAAGACCAUCUCAGGAGGGGAGGAACCCCGUAGUAGCCAACAUGAGAAUACAGCGCCAGAGCGAGCUGUACCAAAUGAAGUUUUCAAUCGGCCUUGGCUGCUAUCUCGCCGUUCAACAGCACCCAUCGGUCUUUCCCGUCUGGAAACGACUCCCCAAUCAGAUACUAGCCAACCAGGCUCCGGGAGCACUGUUGUAGAUCAUGAAGCGGCGGACUAUGUUUAA